AGUUCCGUCAUUCAGUGUCCGAUUAUCUUCUAGGAUGGCAGUCAACGAUUAGCUCCUAGGAUGGAAGCACCUGUGUUAAUGUUCUGGUUGACGGUGAUCAUAGCAACGUGCUGCUGCGACCAAGCCAACAUCGACGAGUUCAAGGAACAAAACAAAGUUCUAAGAUACACCUACAGGAAGAAAUAUCGUCCGGCAUUUCAUAUUUCAGCGCCAUUGGGCUGGCUCAACGCACCCGCUGGGUUCGUACACUACAAAAAACAAUUCCACAUCUUCUAUCAAUACUAUCCCUACAAUGGUGCGUGGGGCCCGAUGCGCUGGGGACACGUCGUCAGCAGAAACCUCAUCGAUUGGUAUUACUCUGCACCCGCGUUAGUGCCUAGAGAAUAUUACGAGUUGCACGGCUGUUUCGCCGGCAGUGCCGUCGUCCAUAACGAAUAUCUCACGCUCUUCUACACCGGAGUAAAAAUAAUGCUCAACAGGACAUCUCGGACGCAAAACAUCGCCGUAAGUACCGAUGGUUUCUAUUUCGAGAAACAUCUCUACAAUCCAGUUAUAAAAAAGUCACCUGAAGAUGCUAGAAAUCCGAAAGUUUGGAAAUUUCGAAACCUCUGGUACAUGGUGCUCACAUCGUCGAACGAAGCUGGGAAACCUAAGAUAACUAUGUACAACUCUGAAGAUUUAUUCAAUUGGACUUAUAAUGGCACCAUAUUGGAAUCCUUGGGAGAUAUGGGCAGUUUGUGGGAACAUCCAGACUUUUUCGAAUUGGAUGGUCAGUAUGUGCUGUUGUUCACUGCUAACGGCUUGGCACCGGAUUUGGACAGAUACAGGAAUCUCUAUCAAACGGGCUAUGUUCUUGGAAAGUUUGAUUACAUGUUUUCGAGGUUCGAGGACGUGGAGGUUUCGUUGUCUACUUUCAACGAGCUGGAUUAUGGUCAUGACUUUUACGGUGCGCAGACUAUGCACGCGAAGGACGGCAGACGACUGCUGAUUGGCUGGUUGGGAAUGUGGCAGAGCGACUUUGAAGAGCUGAGAGACGGUUGGGCCGGCAUGCUGACGCUCAUAAGAGAAUUGACUCUGGGCAAAAGCGAUCGGCUGUUGAUGCAGCCGUUGAGGGAAAUAGUGAACUUGCGUGCGGAACUUUUGGAGAGCGCGUAUUACCAUCCCGGCGAAGGGUUUCGAGCCGGCACGAAGUACUUCGAAUUGAUGAUAAAUGGCUCAAAUACGAUUCAUGACAUGAGUAUUACGUUCGAGUGGGGCGGAGAUAGGCAGUUUCAUAUAAAGUACCUUGCCGGUCGAGGGCACGUCAUGAUAGAUCGGGGCGGACCGGAUGGCAUAAGGAGGGCCGAGUGGAUGCCACAAAGACAAGUCUUCUGGCGCAUAUUCAUGGAUUCGAGUUCUAUUGAACUUUACUGUGGCGAAGGGGAAGUGGUGUUUACUACCCGGAUUUAUCCGAAAAAGGGAAUGUUUAUUAGAAUAGAAGGUGAACAGUCAGUGCAUAUACUUCAGUACAGGCUCCGUCGGAGUGUGGCUUACAGUGAGCACUUGAGAGAGCAUCUCAGGGAACUGCACGAGUUAGCGGUCGACAGCAAUCGUAACGUAAAACGAUCACCAUAUUGUCCACAUGAUUAAGUAUUGACUGUAACCUGUGUGAACCCGAUUUUUCUGCUAAUAAUAAGAACUGUAUGAAACUUCCUGUUUUACACUGAUACCACAAAACAUGAAGAUACAUCAAUUCGUGAUUCUCAUAUACCGAUGAAAGGGAUAGCAAUACAUGUACUUUGGAUCUAAAAGCUCCUGGGAGUACUGGCUCCAUUUCUCUUAUCUUCUCAGUUUUAUCUAUAGCUUCAUGAUUAUAAUAAUAUCUAUAACAUUUAUUUUUUAGUAGAUCGGGCAAUUAACGAUUAACUUUUUUAUAUACCUAAUUGCAACUGCUCUGUUUCCUGACCUGCCUAAAAAAAAGUUUACGUAUAUACCUAGGCUCUGAUGAAAUGUUUUUUUAGUAAUUAAGUAAGCACUAUACUUCUUACUUAACUAAUUAUUUACCUACUUAUAUUUUUUAAUCGUGUAAAACUUGAUUUGUUUGAAAUAUUUUAGCUAUUCUAUAUGAUAGCUUUAUUUUGUUUUAAAAGCUUUUCAUUAAAAAUACAAUAUCGAA